AUGCGCCCGAAAGAGCCCGGGCAGGGCUUCGUGGGGCACCGCUUCAGAACCCGGGCUCCAGCGGGAGUCACCCCCGCACCCCCACCCGCAGCCCAUUCCGCUCCAGAGCCCUCAGCGCAGCCUGCACCCGCCCCUGCGCAGGCACUGACGGAAGGACCGCACGGAUCCAGAUCCCCAUCCGUCUCGGGACCCGCCCCCGCCGGAGCUCGCCCGACCUCCAAGGCUGGAUCCCCGACAGGAACACCGCGCGCGUCCGCAUUCGCAGCCGCCCAGCGGAAUGCCCAGUUUGGGCCCGGCAACUCGGACGCGCAGUGGACUCGCUUCAUAUUCCGAGGGCCCUUUGGUCCCCGGGCCACUGGCCUGGGGACUGAGAAGGCGGCGGGCAUCUGGAAGACGCCGGCCGCCUACAUCGGACGGCGGCCUGGGGUGUCGGGCCCCGAGCACGCCGCCUUUAUUCGGGAGCUGGAGAAAGCGCUGUGCCCUGACCAACCCCCGCCAGCCGGGAUCACCCAAGAAGAUGUCAAAGUGAUGUUAAAUUUGCUAGAGAAGCUGUGUACUGCUUUCCCUUAUUCCCCGUGGAUGGGGGUCCCUCUGCAGAGAGAGCGGGACCUAAAUACUGUGGCUCGCAUUGGCCAGUCCCUGGUGAGACAGAACAGUGUUCUGAUGGGGGAGCACAGCAAACUGGAAGCCAUGCUGGGCUCAGCCAGGGAGGACAUUUUACACCUCAGAUACCAGGUGAGCUUGGGAGAUGACCUCCUUCAGCUCUACUCAGACUCUGAGGAGGAGGAGGAGGAAGAAGAGGAGGAGGAGCCGGAGGAGGAAGAGCAGCAGCACUAUCAUUCCUAUGGAGCCCCUGAGCCGACUUGUCUGCGGGAGACGGAGGUCCUGCACGACUACCCGCAGCUGGAAGCCCUGCAGGAGCAGCUGAGGCUGCUGGAGGAGGAGAACAAGCAGCUGAGGAGGACCGAGGCCAGCCAGCGGAUGGCUGAGCUGUCAGAGGUGCUGGCGCUCAGGAGGGAGGCCCAGGACCAGUAGCAGAGGGAGGUCACCCAGCUGCGGGCCCAGGUCCUGAAGCUGCAGCAACGCUGCCAGUCGCAUGGGGCUGAGACUGAGAAGUUGCAGCAGCAGCUGGCUUCGGAGAGAGUAAUCCAGAUGCUGCUCCAGCAUGAGAAUCUGCAAGUGGCUUCCCAGCUGCAGGACCUACAGGAGAAGUACACGGAGCGUGGGGGCAUGCUGACCCAGGCUCAGGAGGAGGUGAAGACCCUCCGCCAGCAAGCGCCGGGGUCCGCUGACCCUGUCACCCGCUACACACACGCCGUACCUCUGGAGGCCCUUCCUGGUUUUCAGGAGGCCCUGGGUGAGGAGCUCAGAAGGUCUAUAAAGAUUAUCUCGGACCCUGUGUUUUUUAUGGAAAGGUGGAAGGGGGGCGCUGGGGGCUCUGCCUGGGGUUGGCCUUCAGGGGCACAGAAAGACUUUCCUGUCUCCCUGCCCACAUACAGGCUGUGCCGCAGUGAGGUGCGAGAACAGGACCAGGGCUUAGAGGCUGAGAAGGGGUUACUGACAGCAGAGGAUUUUGUGGCGGAAGAUUUUGUGCCUGUGGAGGAAUUGGUGCCUGAGGAGGAACGGGGGGGCCACAGAAGAGGUGCGUCAGCUGAGGAGGGGGCAACAGAAGAGGCAGAGCUGGUGUCUGAGGAGGCCGAGGUGGUGGAGCUGGAGCUGGAUGAGGCAACGCAGGGGAACGUAGGGACCUCAGCGCUGGAGGCUAGCGGCUUGGGCCCCUCUCGCCUAAACAUGAAGCGCGUCCUCCAGCAGCUGACUAACUGGCUGGAUGCGCGUUAUAGUCGGCAGCUGAGGCCGAAGAUGCUCCAGAAAGGUGAGUGCUCCCACAGGGGCCUCCCUCCGGCCAGCCAGACCAGCUACAGAUCAUCAAUGAAAGGUGAGGGUAGGUGAGCCCCCCAAAUGCUCACUUACCCCAGCUUGGCCUCACCCAGUGUGAUGAUUUGUGUGGAAUUUGCAUAUCAUUUGCAUAGGCACCUCCAGGUUCCUACAGUGGGAACUAUGGCCCCAGGGCUCAUUUAUGUGGAAUUUGCUUAGGAUUCCAGGUCUCUACCCCUUUUUCGCCUGGGGGUCUGGGCUGAAGGUCAUGACCAGGACUGCAGCCCCCUACUGUCCCUCUGCUUCCCGUCUCUGCUGCCCCCUUCUCCCUGUCUCCCACUCUGCCACCCGAUCCCCGAGGCUCCCCAGCCCUGCAGUAGUGACAGCAACAGGUACAGGGAGCAGAUCAGAGCUGCAGCCAGGGGU